AGUCAGCAAUGAGAGAUGGAGUCACACAAUAUCACGAGUCAGACGAACGAAGAGUCAGAGCCCGUGUGGAUCAGUGAUGACGCCAGGAAGGUUGUGCAGACGGUUUUUUUCGUGGCCAUCAACGGCGCCACGGGAUUUCUGGGAUCUGUGGCCAACGUCAUCAAUAUCGUGGUCUUCGUCAAACAGGGUUUUAGUGACACUGUCAACAUCAGUCUACUGGGUCUGGCCGUCUCCGACCUUGGCAGUCUGGUGACCUUGGUCUGGGAGAGCAUCACCUUGAACCCUUUCUUCCUGAAUGCCGACGUCCCGUUUCGACAGAACGACAUCAGGUAUCUCACAGCAGCCAUCCCACACUCCAUCUUCGUGCGUAUCGCCUGGUGUAUCACAGCCUUCUUGACCUUGGAGCGCUGCCUCUGCAUCGCCAUGCCUCUCAAGGUCAAACAGAUCAUCACAGCCAAGAGGACCCUCCUCAUCAACCUCACCAUCUUCACCCUCAUCUUCCUCGGCAUGUGCCCCAUCUUCGUCUGCCGGUGGAUCGGUCCGGAAUUCGCGCCGGAAAGAAACAAGACGAUUUUCGUGACUUUGUUCUCGUGCGAUAAAGUCACGGUCGAAAACAUCGCUUUCACGUUCAACGUCGUGGCGCAGUUCAGCUCCUUCAUCAUCGACCUUCUGUGCACGGUGAUUAUAAUCCACACCCUCCAGGUGAAGUCUAAGUGGCGAAACGAAACCACCAGCACGUCGAAAACAGGGUUAGCAACACGGGAUAAGAAAGUGAUUAAAAUGAUCGCGUUGAUCUCGACGAUUUUUAUCGUCUGCUCCAUGCCCAGCUGUGUGAACUACGUGGUGGUAGUCAACAGGCUGGAGUACAACGACGCCAGUGUGUACAGGAAUGUGUACACGGUGUCCUGGGCGGUUAUUGUGGCCCUCGAGGCUAUAAAUAGCUCGGUGAAUAUUUUUGUGUACUACAACAUGAGCGGGAAGUACAAGGCGGCGUUUGACGAUAUAUUUUGUAGGUGGUUAAGGGGAGAGAAGCAAGGAGAAAAGACAAAGGAAACAGGCGGUAAGGGGAAGUAAUAGAAAUAAAUAUGUACAUGACACUGAAGUAAAAAAUAAUAAACGAUUGAGCUAAUCAAUAUAUAAAAUUAUC